AUUACUAGCUACUGCGAUGGAUGACUCUUUCUAUCAGAAAAAUUUGGAAAAUUCUCAAAAUCCAACGCUGCAAUUUGUAGAAUUGAAUAAGUGUGGAUUAGGAAAAAAUUCAUCAAAGGAGAUGUACAGAAAAAGAGCAGACAUUUUGAUGUCAGAAUUUAGCGGAGCAGUAGCGCUUGAAACUCGAAAUAGAGUUUUGAAUCAUUCGUUGAAUUGCUGGAGUAAUGUUUGUGCAGUGUGGAAUGCCUGCCUAGAGUCUGAGCCUAGCGCAUUUCGUUAUUCGUCUUGUGAUACAUGUGAGCAAAGGGUGUCACAUGUGCAUUCACUGGGCGUUAAUCACAAGAUCCUUGCUAGAAAAAAAUUUGGAGCUCUAGAAGAAGCUUUGGAAUACCAUCAAAGAUUAUACAAAGUAAAGUGCCAACAAGAUCAGUGUCCUGGCUCAUGUAUAGUUGAUUUGGUUGUUGAUUUACACAUCUUUAUUGAAUUGGACAUUCAUCCUGAAUUAACCUGUAAAGCUUCCUUACGGUGCAAGUUGAGAGAUUUUCCGACAAAUCUCAAUUUCGAUGGAGUUUCAUACAGACUAGCCGGGGUAAUAGAGAGAAUACCAGGACAUUAUGUUGCAUAUACACGGCGAACCAAUGGACAGUGGCAGGAAGCUAGUAACAUCAAAGAGAAGAUAGUACCUAGCCAUGGAGGACACGAGAUUGAACCUCAUGGAGUUAUCUAUGCAAUGAAAACAUGAAUUC